AUGAAUUCGAUUAUCAUCUUCUUGGCUCUGACGUCAUUGAUCGGCACGUCCUUCGCCGGACAUUACGAAGAAGAUCAUGGUAGUUCGACUUACGAAGAAAAAUCUAAACCAGUUGAAAUACCGAUUUAUAAAAAAUAUGCUAUUCCAAUACCUCAUCCUGUACCAGUAGAAAUCCCUCAAGAAAUCAAAGUACCUAUACCACAACCCUAUAAAGUACCGGUUGAAAUUCCUCAACCUUAUCCUGUCGAAGUUGUCAAGCAUGUUGAAGUUCCUGUCGAAAAACCAGAACCAUAUGUUGUUGAAAAACACGUCCCUUACGUCGUGGAAAAGCCGUAUCCAGUUUACGUUGAGAAGAAAUUUCCGGUUCCCGUGGCGAAGCCGUAUCCUGUCCACGUUCCAAUCUACAAGCAUGUUUUCCACCACACGUCGAAGGGCAAGGGAUGGCACUAA